UUCUUUCGCUUUAACAGCUCAGACAGGUAAGCAUUCUAACUGUGUGUUACACACACUGACAUAUGAAUUGGACUGGACGUAUUCAUGCGAAAGCACUAGGAUUCUGCGCAAGAACCCUCCCCUGUUCUAUGUUUGAAUCCUCAUGUCUGUAGUUUAUUUUUCUACUGCUCUCAAUGUCUGGAUGCAUUGACACGAGGGAAAUGUUUAAUCAUGCAAACAUCGAAUUGCCAGCCUACAUGCUACACGAAGUUGACAUUAGUUCUUUUCCCUCUUUCCUGCAUUUUCAUGCAUGCCCUGUGCUUGUGUGCUCUGUGCUUGUGUGCUCUGUGCUAUGAUCAUUAGAUGCACCACAAUCCUACCCAUAUUUGCCCUAUCAUCCAAUUCGUGUGUACAAGGUCGUCAGCACAUAUGCUGGACUUCAGUUCAACAAGCUUAUGCGUCUUGUGCCAUUGUUUGGCCAUUUUGCCCGUUUCCAACUUACCAAUAGCAAGAAGACUGACAUCCUCAAGAAUAUCCAUUAUGGACGUGCAGACAAUCGCCUAGAUGUCUACAUUGGAAGUCCUUCUGCGACUUCGACAUCAUUAAUAGACCAUACAGACGAUGAUGCUAACUCUGAUCACACGGUUGAGUCAAAUGGAAGUCCAGUGUUAAUUUAUGUUUAUGGCGGAGCAUGGGAUUCGGGCCACAAGAGUAUGUUGAUGCCCAUGGCACAGAAUUUGGCCAAUCAAGGUUACAUUGUCGUGGUCCCUGAUUAUACACGCUACCCACAAGCAAAGAUUGAAGAUAUGGUUCGAGACAUUCAGGAUGCAGUUGUGUGGACCACCAAAAAUGCAACUCGAUAUGGAGGCGACCCAAGCAAUAUUUAUUUGAUGGGCUCUGGCUCUGGAGCUCAUGUUUCCUCCUUGGCAAUCAUACAUGACGCUAUCGAACAACUUGGAGGAAUUCCUGCGCCAGACGUUGAAGGCGAUACAACACCUUUGGUCAAGAUCCCUUCGUGGCCUAAAGAUGAACCAACAGAGGAAAAGGGGUCUCAGAAUUACAAGGAGCGUGUUCGUGGACUAAUUUUGUUUUCAGGCGUUUUCGACAUUACCUAUUACUAUGUCUAUCUACACAAGCGCGGCAUCGAAGAGGUUUCAGCUAUGCCACGUGUCAUGCAUCGAUCUGCGAACAACUACUUGGCUUGCUCACCGUCCUGGAUCCUUGCCACGGCUAUGUCGACUUUGGAAAGACCAGAGCUGUUGGAACAGGUGUUGCCAAAGUCUAUUUUGCUAAUCCAUGGUGAGAAGGAUGGGCUGAUUCCUGCAUUUUCAUCUUCGACAUUGUUUAACCUACUCUGCCAUGCCGAUAUCGCCAACACCAAGUAUAAGAUCUAUACUGGACAAGGUCAUUUGGACCCUGCGAUUGACCUUAUUUUGCCCUCAAAUCCUAUUACGGCAUCAUUACUGAGUGACAUUGAAGAUGUUGUCCGUCACAACUCUGCCACGGCCUCGAAUGCCGCAGAGUUUUCGAGUACAGGAUCCAGUACCCCGAAUGGAGGGGAAGAGGAUGAUGAUCUACUUCUCAAGCAACAACAGGAGCAGUACUCGCGAGACUUUACAGAGAGUCUAGCUGUGCUUUCUUAAGAGAUUUUUUGAAUACACAUUUAAGAUCUUCUUUAGCUGCUCAACUUUUUUCUCUUUUUGAUGUUCUCAUAAAAUUCUAUCCGCAAGCAAUGUAAAUAUAUAAACAAAUGAAAUAUAUCCCCCACUCUCUUUCUCUUAAACAAUAAAAAUAAAAUAAGCAUUCUCUAC